AUGGAACCAAUUGAAACAUUACCAUUAUUAUUAUCACGCACAGCUGACUCAUUUGAUGAUAGAGUGAAACUAGAUGCACGUGCAAAAGAAACUGAUCAUGACUCAUUUGAUUCGGAUGAUGAUGAAGAAGAUGACAGUUUUAGAUUUUCACUAGAUGAUAAAGACGAUGAUUUGCCACACAAUGAACCAUUACAUUUAAUACCGUUGCCAUCAACUACAACUUCAAAAAAACGUGUAUCAAAGCCAAAACAAAAAACUCCUGUUCCUGAACGUUUACGUUUUACAACCGAUCGUGGCGAAGGCAAAGUUGAAGAUCAGCAACUCGAUUUACGUUACAUCAAGUAUUAA